GAGGAAUUUGAUGUCCCGCUUCCUUUCGGAUGUAUAAAAGCCGGAAUUUGUCUAGCUCUACUGUUAACAGCAAGAAAACUGUCGUUAUGGCGUCCGCUGUACCUAUUAAGAUUGGAAUAAUCGGGGGUUCAGGUCUUGAUGAUCCAGAUAUCUUGGAGGGAAGAACUGAGCGCUAUGUUGAAACACCAUAUGGGAAGCCAUCAGAUGCCCUGAUAUUGGGGAAAAUAAAAAAUGUGGACUGUGUUCUCCUAGCAAGGCACGGGAGACAACACACCAUAAUGCCAUCCAAUGUCAACUAUCGAGCUAACAUUUGGGCCCUGAGAGAAGAAGGCUGUACACAUCUGCUGGUUACCACUGCCUGUGGCUCUCUCCGGGAGGAGAUCCAGCCAGGAGAUAUUGUCAUCAUAGAUCAGUUCAUUGACAGGACAACCAAGAGGUCUCAAACACUCUACGAUGGUCAGCCCACCAGUCCCCCAGGUGUCUGUCAUAUCCCCAUGGCUGAGCCUUUCUGCAACAAAACUAGAGAGGUUUUGGUGGAGGUGGCGCGGAGUCUGGGGGUCAAAUGUCAUGUGCGAGGGACCAUGCUGACUAUCGAGGGGCCUCGGUUUUCUUCGCGGGCAGAGAGCCUGAUGUUCCGCCAGUGGGGUGCUGACGUCAUCAAUAUGACCACCGUGCCAGAGGCGGUCCUCGCCAAGGAGGCUGGCUUGUGCUAUGCCAGCAUUGCCAUGGCAACAGACUACGACUGUUGGAAGGAGCACGAGGAAGCAGUCUGUGUUGACAAUGUACUGAAGACGAUGAAGGAGAAUGCAAACAAAGCUAGCAGUAUCCUGUUAACAGCAAUACCCCAGAUUAGUCAGAUGGACUGGGCUCAGACAAUAAAUACAUUGAAAUCGAUGGCUCAGUCUUCAGUAAUGAUACCGAAGCACUAAACGCGGAGGAAACUACUAGAAAGGAUAAAGAGACCAGACAACCACCCACACGGAGUCAAACACCAACUGCAAACUCAACCCUGCCCGUCCAAUCGUCAUCAGUGAAUCACAACAAAGUGCCUCACAUUAAAUAAUCCACUUUU